AUUAAUGCCGAACCACGUCUAUAGUUCCGUUGUACGUCUUGCCGAAGCCGGUAGUACUCCGCUGUCGUGUGACCAAUUCCAGAUUGUUAUUGUUCGCCUGUCAUUUACGUACAUUGACUUAAAUAGUAUUCGUGAUUUUACAUUUUUGUGCUUAUAUUUUAAAUAUUCGAAUUGUUUUUUAAUUCGUAUUUGGUCGUUAUUGUUUGUGAACGAGUGUUUCAUAAUGCGUUUAACUAUUUUGAAUUUAUACGCCGUGGGUGUCGCUUAAAAAUUAAUCAUAUCAACCGUUUUGAUUUUUUAUUUAAAAAGCGUUCUCAAUAAAACUUCAAACUGGAUAUCCGUAUGAAGCAUAGGAACGGGCCCACUGUGGGCGUGGGCAAACGUUUGGCUAAACGGUCAAUUAUUGGCACACGGGUUUGUGCGCCGGCCGGUGACGAUGGUAAAUUGUAUUCCGGUAUUAUAGCAGCAGUCAAAACAGCUGCUGAUGGUUCAGAAACUGGAUAUUCGAUCAGAUUCGACGACGGAACGACAGGUCGCCGUGAAUACAGAGCCACCGAACUUGUCGGUCCAGGCUUUCGAACUCUUUCCGAUCUUCGGCUGAUGGCAGGCCAACGGGUGUUUAUUACUUUCAACGGCCGAGAAAUAUCUGGUGAUGUGGUAGUUCAUAGGCCUGACACAGAAGAAGUACGCGUUUCAAUAACCCCCCCGGGUCAUGAAGGUUCAAUUGAAGUGAUUAAAAAACUCGAUGAUGUUCGCGUUCUUGAGUCUCGAAAAUCCGCUAGACUAAUGGAUCAAGAUACAGAUUUUGCUAGGUUGGCUGACAUGUCAGACAGAAAACGCAGCUCCUCAUCUCAAAAUGCUGUCGAAAUUAGUGGAUCUCGAAAACGAAGGCCUAGUACAAGUCAAGAACAGGAUGAUGCGCGGGAGGAGGAAAUGAAAGGCGAUGAUGAUAGUAAUGAACCGAAAGAGGAAGAAAUGACAGAGUGUACCGCGGCCUUGGUGUUGAUGAGUUUGUCGUGCAGUCCCCACUCGCCAUCCUUACAAGGUCGUAUGAUGCGUUGUCAACAACCGGAGUCGUUGUCCACUAGUCCUUCCACGUCCAGCGAAGGUGCUUUCUCGUGUCGAAGCUCUCCAUCGCCACCUCUCAGCGAAUCCAGUUCUUCUGCAGCCUGGAGCGGUCGCGGCUUACUUUCAGCUGUUGAUGAAGGUAUAGGACUGACUGACGAUGAUUUCGAAGACGUACCCAAAAGAAAAAAGACGGAUUGUCGCACAGUUUUCCAAUGUACAUGGCGUGGUUGCGUUACUAUAGCCACAACAGUAGCUUCCAUCGAAACUCAUGUCCGUCAAACUCAUUUAGGACCUCGACGCGAGAAAUCUCCUUUAGAUGAUUCCACGAAUGAUUCGAUUGAUGAUCACGAGGAAGAGUUUUAUUACACAGAAGUUGAAUUAGGCGCAGCUUCAUCACCUCCUACUUUGUCACACCGUGAUAUGGCGCGUCCACCCCAUGAAGAUCCCGAGUACCAAAAAACUUUAAUUAUACCACGCACUGGAGCAGGCCCAAUGACUAUACCGAAUUCCUCUCCAAAUUGGCCUUUCGCAUCUCUUAAUGGACAGAAACAAAUUAAGAUGAUGUAUCAGAAUUUGGGUGGUCCGAGAUUCCCUAGUAGUCCAAUGCGUAAAGUCCGAGGUGAAACAAAAAAAUGUCGUAAAGUAUAUGGCAUGGAACACAGAGAAAUGUGGUGCACCCAAUGUAAAUGGAAGAAAGCAUGCACAAGAUUUGUGGGUACUAUGGAAAACAAUGCACAAUUAGCAUAGAAAUCAUAAUACUAUGCUAAAAUCACCAUCAUGCUAACUGCCAAAUUAUAUUUUUUCCUUAUUAUUUUUAUGAACGCAUAAUACUUCAGCGUUUAAUUUUUUUCUAUAAUAAAUUUUUCACAAAAUUUGUACUCCCAAUUUUAUGUAGUUAAAGACAAAUUUUGAUUUAUGUUAAUAUUUAAAACAUAUAUUUAUAAAGAGUUUAUUUAAUAUAAUUUGAAUAUUAUACUACUAAGUUGUAUACAUACAUAUAUUAUGUAUAGAUUUUAAGAUUUUAUCUAUAUUAAGUUAUUUGCAUAGUUAUUCAUACAAUUAAAAAUUGUAUUACAAUGGUUUGUAAAUGUUUAAUGCCUUAGUACUUGGAAAUAGUUCCUCAGGAUAUAUUUAUUUAGCUUGUCGGAAUAUUUUUUAUCUGACUUUUUUUGCAGUUAAAAUAUUUUUCAUUGAACAAUCCUUUGGCAUAUAUAUAUAUAAUAUUUUAUUGCAAAGUAUUAGGUUUUCUUAAAAAAUAUUUUAAAAAAUAUAUAAAUAUUUUGAAAUAAAAACAAUAAGUCCUAAGCUAAAGCAAUAAUUUUUUUAAAGAAAAUAUUAAUUUUAAACUAUAUAUCAUAGUAAUAUUUAGAUUUAUUAUAAAUACUUUAUUGAUUAUAGAUUUUUGAAAAUGCACAUAAUUUUUAAUUAAAUAUUAUUAUCAAGAACAAGCAUUUUUCCUCUAAUAUCACUUUCAUCAAUUAUGUUUUGUUUCUCUCAAAUGUAAUGUUAACACAAUACUUGGUUGUAUUAUUUUUUAUUUAUUUAUUGUUUUAAUGUUAUUUUAUUGUAAGUAGUUACCAUUGGCUCUUUUGAGUUUGUAUUUACUAUUGUUGUUUUAUUAUAUUAUGAUUUUUAUUAUUCAUUUUUUCAAUUACUAGGUAUAGCACUUGUGACAAUUUUUAUUUUAUUUUUUUUUUAUUAAUAUUAUGUAAAUCAGUCAAUUUAAUAGUUCAAAAAUAAUACAGCGAAUUUUUUUUACCAUAAUAAUUAAAUGUAUAGCUGUUUAAUAUUUUUAUAGUACAUAAUAAUAUAUUAAAAAUAUAGUUUUUUUCUUACCAAACAAGGAUUCAGAUAAAAUAUCUCACAUCAUUUUUUAAUUAUUUAGUAUUGUUAUUUAUUAUUUAAAUGCUCUCUGAGACAAUCUUAAAAACUAAUUAGCAUAUCUUCAAUAUAUUUUUUUUGAACAGAAGUUCAAUUGAUGAAGCUCAACUUCAGAAAAAUAGAUUUAAAAAAGUUCUUUAUUUUAAAAGAAGUCUAUUAUUGUAAAAAAAAAUUAAUAAUUCAGAUGUGUUCAAAAACAAAAAUUGAUAGACUUGUUAUAUUAUGUACUAAAUAUGUGAAUUUUUUUUUUUUUGAUCUCUAAGUAUACAUAAAUUAUAUAAAUAAAUAUUUAUAUUCAAAUAUAUUUAUAAUUAUUUAUGUAUAACUUUUUUAUACAUAAGAGAGCAUAAUUUGAAUUUAAAUCUUUUUACAAAAAGCCAAAGUUAAAAAAAAAUGUUUGUUAUCGAUCUCAUUAUCAAGUAACAUUAAUUUUAGGGCAGGUGCUUAAGAAUUAAGUAUUGCAAUUUAUUAUUGUUUUAGAGUAAAGUAAAAUGCUAACUUGAUAUUAAUCUCUUGUUAUUAAAAAAAAAAAGUUUAAUAAAACAUGAUAAGCAAUUUACAAUGAGUGUCCUUGAAUCUGGAUUACUUAAAAUAAUCUUAAUAUUAUACUUAAAAUAUAUAUUGAUAUAUAAAUAUAUAUAUUUUUUUGGAUUAAUGAAUUAUUUUUAUUAUAUAUUCUAUUUUAGAGUUUUUAUUGAUAAUACUUAAGUAUAUUAAUAUAUGAUUUAUUACGUAACAGUAGGGUUUAAAUGUUUUACACUAUUAAUAUUGUUAAUACUAAUUAUUUUAAUUCUUUAUAUUCCAAGUAUUUACAAAUAAUUGUUUAACAACUAUACAUUUUUGUCCUACUCAAAAUUGAAGUUUUACAAUGGCUGUGUAUAAUUGUUAUUGCAAUAUUACUUUUAAUUACGUUUUCAGCUAUUUGUCUUUAUUAGAAAUAAUUAUUUGUGUUAAUGUGUGAAAACAGAAGCAAGUAUUGUUUGUACAAUUUUAUUCUUCUUAAAUUUAAAAUAUUCUAUUUUUAAUAGCAGCUUAAUAAUUAAAAAAAAUCGAGUUUAAAUAUCAUAUAUAAUAUAUAUAUAUACUCUUGCCUUGUUUGUCUUCAGUAAAAUUAUUUAAUAUUGUAAUCAGCUUUGAUUUUUAGAUUGUUUUUAAAGUAAUAGUUUUGUCUUAUUUUUAAUAAUAAUUAAUUAAAAAAAUGACUUAAAUGUGUCAAAAUUUGUGUAAGUGUAUGAUCUAGAGUAUAUAAUAAAAUGUCACUAUGUAUAAUAUAUAAUAUAUCUAGCUUUAGGAAUGUCUUGGUACAAUAUUUUGGAUGUAUGAAAAAAUCAUUAUAAUAUUGCAAUGUGUUAAAUAUUAUAAUCUUUAUUAUUUAUGUUAAAUUGAUAUUAUUAAGAAACAUGUAUUUUCUCUUUAUGGAACUUUAAUAUUUACUAAAUGACUUAAUUAAAAAUAAUGUAAAUAAAUAAUAUACAAACAAAUUAUAUGUA